GCUUAGAGCUGACUUAAACCAAUGUUAUUAUGAUGUCUUCGGACAGGUCACAUUAAUUGUUUCUGUCUAGAACAUUUCUGACUGUGCCAUAAAAAUCAUUGAAAGAAAUGGGAUAGACUUCAGUUAACUUCAUCGCUUGAGGGAGAUAAUAUUUUUAGCGGCUACAACAUGGCUGGGAAUGGGCACCUACAUACCAAGUUUGGGGAGCACUUCCACUCCAGUUGGGUGUUGGAAGACUGUGAAAUUAUAACAAUGCCCAGUGGCAUGGAUGGUUGCUAUGAACGACUUCUCACCAAUAAAGAGGUCACCGAGUUGCCAUUGCAGGCUAUCAACUUGCGAGGUCCAACUCUCCCAGAUUUUGACAAUGACGGAAUUACAGCAGAUGAACAAGAACAUUUAAUUAACGCUCUACUGGCUUCCCAACUCAAUCUAGCUAAGACUGUGUGCAGUUUAUCCAAUUUCUCAAAGUCUCUUCGUAAGAGACUUGUGGUUCUUCAGAGAAUAUACACAGCUGUAUCUGUCAAACAUCACAACAAAUUCAUGUCCAGUACACAGAUAGAUAAAUCUGAGCUUAUUGGAAGCAGACAACCAGGAAAACUGCCCGAGAAAACAGGAGUUGUAGCUGCAUCUGAGUCGGAAUCACAGGGAAACACAGCUUUAUUAGAACUUGGUGUUAAAACAGGGUUAAGUUUGUUGUUUUCAUUGUUGAAACAAAAUUGGAUGUUAGCUGGCCAGUUAAAACAGUUUUGUAUAUGUAAUGACAUCAUACAAACAGCCAUAUCGGUUGUAUCUUCUUUCCCACCACUGUCUCUUGCUAAUGAAGCAAAGCUCACUCAUCUAGGUGUUGAUUCACUGAACGAAGUCAACAAGUUUUUACGACAAGCAGCUAGUCCUCAGUCAGGAGCUGAUUUAGACGGUCAGCGCCUUGCAUCAGAACUUAUGAUCUCGCUUGCUGCUCAGCGUGGCUCACUUUGCUAUGUUCUUGAGUGGGUUGAUAUGGCACUGCACACAUCUGUCACAGUUCUCUGUGAUCAGAAAGGACAGACAAAAACACCAGCUGGGAAAAUCAACUGGAACUUCUUCACCAACAUUGUGACACAGAUGAUCAAAUCAGUGGGAGCUCGAGGAUCCUCCACACUAACCUCUAUGUUUGCGAGGAACCCACCAGUAGAUGAUAAUGGCCUUGUCCCUCUCUACCUAGCUGCAGUUGUUCUUUUGGAAGAGCUGUACAGCUUGGCUGCAGAUUAUGAGAGUAACUGUUGUCUGGGUCCUGACGAGAAUUCAAACAACUCCUUGACGUCCAACAGUAACAACAACAUGGGUACUGGCAGCUGUGAUGUUUACAUCUGGGGUAGCAACAGUAGCCACCAGCUAGCCGAGGAUAGACAGGAGAAAAUACUUGCACCAAAGCAAGCUACAUCUUUUACAGACUGCCAUCAGAUUGAAGCAGGUCAGUUCUGCUCCUUUGGUAUACAUACUGAGGGCUCUGUCAGUGCCUGUGGCAAGGGGAGCUACGGACGCUUGGGUCUCGGAGACUCCAACAAUCAAACGACACCAAAGAAACUGAACUUUGAACCCAACAGGAAAAUAAAGAAGAUCUCUUCAUCAAAGGGGUCUGAUGGUCACACCUUAGCCAUGUCAACUGAUGGAGAGAUCUACAGCUGGGGAGAUGGGGACUAUGGAAAGCUGGGUCAUGGCUCAAGCUGUACGGUGAAAUACCCCAAGAUUGUUCUCGGACCACUGGCAGGAAAGAUUGUGAAGUGUGUUGCGGCUGGUUACAGACACAGUGCAGCUGUGACAGAGGACGGGGAACUCUACACCUGGGGUGAGGGUGACUAUGGACGACUGGGUCAUGGUUGCAGUAACAGCAAAAGUUUCCCAACACGUGUGACCGAGAUUUCCAGUGUAGGCCAGGUCAGCUGUGGGGGCUCACACACUAUGGCUGUAUCCCAGGACGGCAAACACAUCUGGUCAUUUGGGGGCGGGGACAAUGGAAAACUUGGUCAUGGAGACACCAGCAAGCAGUACAAGCCAAAACUGAUAGAGGCGUUCGCUGGUCUUUACAUAAGAAAAGUAGCCUGUGGGAGCCAAGCGUCUAUGGCCCUAACCUCUACUGGUCAGCUGUAUGCUUGGGGUUGUGGCUCCUGUCUUGGUUGUGGGUCUGAAGACUUUACUGCACUUAGGCCGCGCCUUGUGGAGGACCUCCAGUCUAAGAGAAUUGUGGACAUCUCAUUUGGAGACAGUCACUGCCUGGCACUCUCACAUGACAGUGAGGUGUAUGCCUGGGGUAACAAUGCCAUGGGGCAAUGUGGACAGGGUCAUGCCCAAAGUCCAAUCACACGUCCCAAGAAGGUGCUUGGUCUGGAGGGGGUCAAUGUGCACCAAAUCUCUGCAGGCACUUCCCACAGUGUGGCAUGGAACUCCCUACCAACAGACAGACAUGUAGUUGCAUGGCAUAGACCGUUCUGUGUGGAUCUACAGGAAGCCACGUUUGCCACGCUGAGAUCAUUCCUAGAGCACUACUGUGACGGCUUUGAUCAGGACAAGCCCCCCAAGCCCUUCACAACAAAACAGUGA